ACAGGCAAGAUCGCAGAUAUCUUUCGACACCUCGUUUUUGUGACCGUAUAUAAUGAGAAUUCUUGUGUUCCAAUUUUCAUAUUUUAAUUGAUGGGAUUAUUGUCUUAAAUAUGACGCACAUUACGCAGAUGCUUACAUUNUGUGGUACUUUGUGCUUAAUAUUUCUAACCGGAAUUGUUUCUUCCACGGAUGAGACUUUAUCUGAACAAUUGCAAUGCAUAAAACCGAUAUCCUAUGAAAUGAAGAUUUUUCCGCUAAUACAAAAUAACUCUCUUAACGUUGAGACUCGCGUCAAAAUAAAUGUUAGCUGUUUACAGUCAUCUAUAAAAUUAAAUUUUGGUCGUUAUUGUGAUGCAACGGAAAUUAAUGUUUUUGAUAAUAAUAUUUUAAAUCGUGAUAAUCUUACUUCUUUGUCGUGGAUGUUGGUGUUAUUUUCGAAUAAAGAUCAAUCCAAAAGUUUACUCAUUCGUGUUUAUCGUUUGAAUCGCAAUCUUGGAGACUUCACAUCUCAACAACUGAAUUUACAAAUUGGAAUAUACUGGAUAAAUGCGGUAUAUAAUUGUAUUUUAGACAAAGUUGCUACUGUUUCAUCACAUGAACAGAAAUCUGAAAAAACGAAAUAUUUAAUUUUGACGCGUAUUCCCGCUGAAUGGAUAUUUCCGUAUUGGAAAAACCCAGCAAUUAAGGCCACAUUUAGAAUUCGCAUUUAUCACAACAACGAUGAAAUUGCUUUGUCAUAUAUGCUUGGUACUAGAAGUCUUGAAGGAAAUAUGUUCUCUACAUACUUUCCUUCUACACCUACAGUAAUGUCUACUUAUUUAGUAGCAGUAGUAGUGGUAUCUUUGGAAGAUUAUUAUUUCUCACAUAAACCACAUGUGAAUAGUAGCUUGAUAUAUGCAAUAUCUGUUAUUGAAAAUAUGAGGUAUCAUAUUGAAAACAAUUGGAAAGGUGUAUCAUGGUCACGUAUGCCUUAUCACAUACUUCCUAUAAUUUCUAGCCAUUACGAAACUUUAAUAACUACAAAUCUUAUUCUCUUCAAUGAAGCUGACAUUACAUACGAUAAAGAAUUAGAUUCACUUACACGAAGAAACAAAGUAACAUGUUUGAUAGCACGUAAUGUAAUACAAGAAAUGUUCAGUGCUUGGUUACUUACAUUGAAACACUCUGAUUCUUGGUUUAUAGAAGGUUUUUCAACAUUUUACGGAAUUUAUAUUAUUGAUCAAAUACUUCAUACAUUACCAUAUUCCAAUACACUUCUAACUUACAAUAAGAUUAACGUGAUAUCUUUACUGAAUUUGAUGGUGGUUCAAACACGACGAGAAAUUCUUGAUUUUACAGAGGCAGUUAUUAAAUAUGAUUUUCCAGUUGUAGAAAAUUCAUUUACAUCUCCAAGCUCGACUUUUAUUAAAUUGUGGCGCAAACAUGCAAUCAGUAUAUUUUACAUGAUCACUGACGAACAUGUUCUAUACAACUCUAUGUUUGAAGAAAUUCUAAACUUCUAUCAUAACACUAGUACAUCAAGUGAUACAUACAAUAUACAGUCAAAUGUCGAUACUUUAUGGAGCAAAGUAUUAUCAGAGAUGCCUACACACAGAUAUACGUGGUUGAUAAAAAGUUUAACAACUGUGAUUACUUCUUGGAUACACGUUGGUUAUCCUAUAGUACAAGUAAACCGACACAACAAUACACGGACUCUUGAAAUAUUGACUAGAGACUGUUUUCUAAGUAAUAAAGAGAAAUCUUGUGUAAGCACGUGGUGGAUACCUGUGACCUAUAUAACAAUAUCACAGUCUAAUAUCAAAUAUCAAUCGUACUUACAACCAGACGGAAACAAUAUUAUAGUUCCGAAUAUUGAAGAAGAUGAUUCUGCAAUUUUUAUAGAUGUACCUGGAUAUCGCGUCAACUACGAUCGUAAAUCUUGGGAGAAUAUUGCUCUCUUCUUGAAAACUACACCAUUUAAUAUGUUGAAUUUAUCUGACGUCACAUUAGCACAAAUUCUCGACGAUGCUUUUUAUUUUUUAAUACAAAAUGCAGAUUAUAAUGAAACUUUUGAUUUAAAUACUACUGAUAAUUUAAACAUAUUUUUUGAUAUCGCAACCAGUGUAUUUCACGUGAAUAAUUCCUACAUAGCUUGGUAUCCUAUAUUUACUGCGUUUGAAUACUUCUCCAAAAUUUUUCCGUUUUCCGAAAGUGCAUACAUUAAGGAUAGAAUUCUGGAUGUAUUGAAUAAGUUUCUUGNGGAUUCGUUGCAUACACCUUCUUCCGAAAAUAAUGUCAUUAAUCAGUUAUAUUACGAAGUUUUAAAAUGGGCAUGUAUUCUCGAUAGCAUAAAGUGCAAAUAUAUUGUAAUGACUGAAUUAACGUGGCAUAUACACAAUCCUGCACAUAACAGACUUUUGCCAAGUUGGCAAAGAUGGAUAUUUUGCCAGAGUUUAAUGGUAGAAAAUUCUAUGUAUGAAAACUCUUUUACAUGGUAUACAUUAAAAACCAUGUACAAAACACAGUCAAAAGAUGAAGAAAUGUUUAAGUUCUUACCUUGUUCUAGACAUCGCAGAAAUAUUUUCUUAUUUUUUAAUACCUUUUUAACUAAUGUUUUGCCAUCUUAUAAAGAUACUGUAAAUUUAAAACAAAGUGAUAGAGUGUCUUGUCUUUUUAAUAUUCUUGCAAAGCAUUCAAAAACUGUUGCAUCGCUGACGCCUAUACUAGAAGGAAUACAUUACAUAGAAAGUGACAAUAACAUACAUGCAAUAAUGAACUGUAUUAUUAACAACAUAUAUUCAGACGAAGGCCUGUCGAUGGUUACCGAUGAAAAGUUCUUACAAAUGCUGAAGGACAGACAUCGUGCGCCAUCUUCUGUUAUUUUCGCCGUGAAAUACAAAGUUGAUGAUCGUCGUGCUUUACUAGAUAAAAUAAAAAAUAACUUUUUUCCAAACCGUUAAAUGCAUUUAUUUACAGAGAUUUAAUGUUAGACUUGUAUACUCGGUUUCUUUAUCUUAAAGGAACAAAUGCUAUCAAUUACUUGUAUUUCUCACUAGUUUUGUGAAUUGUGUUUAAUAAGAAAAGUUUUCUUUUAGGACAACAAAAAAUAUUUAUUACUCAUAUUUAAAAUCGGUACUACAGUUUACGGAUUUUAAUAUAGUUAAUAAUUCGCGCCAGUUGUCCACAAAAGAAAAUUAAAUCUUUAUUAAAAGUAAAUAGUUUAUAACAGUUUAUUUGAUUAAAGUAUUGUUGUAAAGUAAAG